GGCCCGGAUUCGCCGGCUGCAGGUGCCGCCAUGGCGGCCAUAUUGGAAAGGAAGUGAGUGCAGGAGGAGGAGGAGGAAGAGGAGGCCUGGGCGGAGCGGGAGCCCUCCGCCAUUCUUCGGACACUGGCCCGGCUCCUCAGUCCGGGGAGAGGUUGCCUGGCGUUGGGGCGAGGCGGGCGCUGGGCCUGACUGGACGCUGAGGGAAGAAGAGGAGGAGGAGGCGGCUGAGGCCUAAGAUGGCGGACCCGGCGGAGUGCAACAUCAAAGUGAUGUGUCGCUUCAGGCCCCUCAACGAUUCCGAAGUGACCCGAGGCGACAAGUACAUCGCCAAGUUCCAGGCCGAGGACACUGUUGUCAUUGCGUCUAAACCUUAUGCAUUUGAUCGUGUUUUCCAAUCACAUACAUCACAGGAGCAAGUAUAUAAUGACUGUGCGAAAAAGAUUGUCAAAGAUGUACUUGAGGGAUACAAUGGUACAAUAUUUGCUUAUGGGCAAACGUCAUCUGGGAAGACUCACACUAUGGAGGGGAAGCUGCAUGAUCCAGAUGGAAUGGGGAUCAUUCCAAGGAUAGUUCAAGAUAUUUUCAAUUAUAUUUAUUCUAUGGAUGAAAAUCUGGAGUUUCAUAUUAAGGUAUCAUAUUUUGAAAUUUAUCUGGAUAAAAUAAGGGAUCUUUUGGAUGUCUCAAAGACCAAUCUUUCUGUUCAUGAGGACAAAAACAGAGUACCUUAUGUGAAGGGCUGUACUGAACGUUUUGUAUGUAGUCCAGAUGAAGUUAUGGAUACUAUAGAUGAAGGAAAAUCAAACAGACAUGUAGCCGUUACAAACAUGAAUGAGCAUAGCUCUCGAAGUCAUAGCAUCUUUCUCAUUAAUGUAAAACAAGAAAAUACUCAAACAGAGCAGAAAUUGAGUGGAAAGCUCUACCUUGUAGACUUGGCAGGGAGUGAAAAGGUUAGUAAAACAGGAGCAGAAGGUGCUGUACUGGAUGAAGCUAAGAACAUCAAUAAAUCUUUGUCAGCUCUUGGAAAUGUCAUCUCUGCUUUAGCUGAAAAUAGUACAUAUGUUCCAUAUCGCGAUAGUAAAAUGACUAGAAUCUUACAAGAUUCAUUAGGUGGCAACUGCAGAACCACAAUCGUCAUUUGCUGCUCACCAUCAUCCUAUAAUGAAUCUGAAACAAAAUCUACAUUGUUGUUUGGUCAAAGAGCGAAGACUAUCAAGAACACAGUAUGUGUUAAUGUAGAAUUAACUGCAGAGCAGUGGAAGAAAAAGUAUGAAAGAGAAAAAGAAAGAAACAAGACACUGCGCAACACCAUACAGUGGCUUGAAAAUGAACUCAAUAGAUGGCGUAAUGGAGAGACUGUACCUGUUGAUGAACAAUUCGACAAAGAAAAAGCCAAUUUGGAAGCCUUUGCAGUGGAUAAGGAUGUUACUAUAACUAACGAUACACCAACUGCAACUAUAGGAGUGGUUGGUAACUUUACUGAUGCUGAAAGGAGAAAGUGUGAGGAAGAAAUCGCUAAGUUGUAUAAGCAGUUAGAUGAUAAGGAUGAAGAAAUAAAUCAGCAGAGCCAAUUGGUAGAGAAGCUAAAAACACAGAUGUUGGAUCAGGAAGAGCUUCUGGCUUCUACCAGGCGGGACCAAGAUAAUAUGCAGGCAGAAUUAAAUCGCCUUCAAGCUGAAAACGAUGCCUCUAAAGAGGAAGUAAAAGAAGUGCUCCAGGCCCUUGAGGAGCUUGCUGUCAACUAUGAUCAAAAGUCACAGGAAGUAGAAGACAAGGCAAAAGAAUAUGAGCUUCUUAGUGAUGAAUUGAAUCAGAAAUCGGUAACAUUAGCUAGUAUAGAUGCAGAACUUCAAAAACUUAAGGAAAUGACUAAUCAUCAGAAGAAACGUGCAACAGAAAUGAUGGCAUCUCUAUUGAAAGAUCUUGCAGAAAUAGGGAUUGCUGUCGGAAAUAAUGAUGUGAAGCAGCCAGAAGGAACUGGCAUGAUAGAUGAAGAAUUUACAGUUGCAAGACUCUACAUCAGUAAAAUGAAAUCUGAGGUGAAAACUAUGGUAAAACGCUGCAAACAGUUAGAAAGUACACAAACGGAGAGCAAUAAGAAAAUGGAAGAAAAUGAAAAAGAGCUUGCAGCCUGUCAGCUUCGUAUAUCACAGCAUGAAGCCAAGAUCAAGUCACUUACAGAGUACCUUCAGAAUGUGGAACAGAAGAAAAGACAACUAGAAGAAUCCGUGGAUUCCCUAAAUGAUGAACUGGUUGAACUCCGAGCUCAAAAAAAAGUUCAUGAAAUGGAGAAGGAACAUUUAAACAAGGUUCAGACUGCAAAUGAAGUCAAGCAAGCUGUUGAGCAGCAGAUUCAAAGUCACCGUGAGACCCAUCAGAAGCAAAUUAGCAGCCUGAGAGAUGAAGUUGAGUCUAAGGAGAAACUAAUUACUGAACUUCAAGAUCAAAAUCAGAAAAUGAUGCUUGAGCAAGAACGACUCAGAAUUGAGCAUGAUAAAUUGAAAACUACAGAUCAGGAGAAAAGCAGAAAACUGCAUGAACUUACGGUUAUGCAAGAUCGGCGUGAACAAGCAAGACAAGACCUGAAAGGUUUGGAAGAGACUGUGGCCAAAGAACUUCAGACCUUGCACAAUCUUAGAAAACUGUUUGUUCAAGAUUUGGCUACAAGAGUUAAAAAGAGUGCCGAGAUUGACUCUGAUGACACUGGCGGCAGUGCUGCCCAGAAGCAGAAGAUUUCUUUCCUUGAGAAUAAUCUUGAGCAACUCACAAAAGUCCACAAACAGCUGGUACGAGAUAAUGCAGAUCUUCGCUGUGAGCUUCCAAAACUGGAAAAACGACUUAGAGCUACAGCUGAAAGAGUUAAAGCUUUGGAGUCAGCACUAAAGGAAGCCAAAGAGAAUGCCUCUCGUGACCGCAAACGAUAUCAACAAGAAGUAGAUCGUAUUAAGGAAGCUGUGAGGUCAAAGAACAUGAUCAGAAAGGCACAUUCUGCACAGAUUGCGAAACCUAUUCGUCCUGGUCAGCAUCCUGCAGCUUCUCCAACUCAUCCAAGUGCAAUUCGUGGGGGAGGCGCUUUUACUCAAAACAGCCAGCCAGUUGCUGUACGUGGAGGUGGAGCACGGCAGGAGAAAGUGUAAUUUGACACUACCAAGAUGCUGAAAAGUACAUGCAGCAAGAAGAGGACUGGAUAUCGCGCAAUGAGAGUCAUUCCAUGACCGUGAUCUCUAUCUGUUUCUCCCUGGGGACUGUAGGAUUCUUUUUUGAAAAUUGUGUAAAUUUAUUCUGGUCUGUACAGCUCUCCUCAUGAUAUGAAUUUGGCCGAUUGAUUCCCAACAGAACUAGGAAAAAGCUUGUUCCUCUUGGAAAAUUGACGUGUAACUUAAAAUGUAGCUCUCAUUACAUGAUCUGUCCUUCACGUCUUAAAUUUAGUCUGCACUGUGCCAAGUUGAAUGUAUGUUAAGCAACAUCUUAGUUUUAAAAAAAAUCUUGCUUAAUUUAUGUAUAUUUAAUGGUCCUAGGGUUAUGGAACAAUGUUGAAGUAAGUUUCAAUUUUACCACUUUAAAUAACACUACUUGGCCCACUCUUGAAAUAGAGCAGCACUGUACAUUAAAUUUGCCCAAAUGGCUGUAUAGCGUAUGAGACUAAACUUAUUUGUACAGUAUGCAGUUCCUGCGGGUUGAUUAGGAAGACUGCCUUUAGGCACUGAAGUCUCAGAAACAUGGAACUACCGAUUUCUGUUUUGGUGAGGCUUAUUUAACUGUUUGUUUAAAACUGUUAUUGGAAUAAUGAGUUAAUACUGUAUAGCAAGUAGUAAAAGUGUAAGUUUAUAUGGGAAAACUUGGCAAUGACUUUCGUCUGUCCUGUUCCUGACGACACGCUGAAAUAGUGCGAUGAGGUGAAAACAUUCUGCUUCAUCUUGAUGAGCCUCUUAGUGGUGACCGGAGCAGUACACAUUUGGUUCACUGCUGUAGUAACAAACUGGGACACUAUAGAACACCUCUUGCUUUAUUAACCCUUCAUCGUUUUUAUUUUAUUCAACCUAGAAGUCAACUUAAAGAGAAUGUAAAUUGAUAAGCUAAUUGGAAUGAACCAAAUUGAAUGAAACAAGCAAAGUGUUGUAACAUGGCCAGAUAUGUCAAAUGAAUAUGGGAAUUGAGCUACACUGAAAAUGUACUGUAAUUUUCUUGUAAAAAUAGAUUUAUUUAAAUAGCCAUUUCUCCAGAGAUCUUGUCAGACAUCUUGCUGCCUUUUAAUUUUUUCCCCCACAAGCAACAUCCUCAGCCCUGCUUUAAAACAUUGAGUCUUUCCCUAAAAGAGCACUUGAAACUACAUCCCAUGAAGUUCAAAUAAUGCCUUUGAUGGGGACUUCCUGCUCAAUCAAUUCCAAAGGUUUUAGAAUGCUUUCUUGUUAGUCACUAGGUUAAGUAGGAGGCAAAAGAAUCAGCUUUUGCAACAGUGAAGACAUUCUGAAUAGCCGCUUUUCCAGAGUAUGUUGAUGCCAGUUUUAUAUCUUCGUACUGAACAUUCACAGGCACUUCGGGGAGGGAAAGGUUUUCUGUAGCUCUUUGACUGACUUUUUUUUUUUUACAAAUUAAAGUAUUUGUAUUAUGGAGGAGCUUACUAAUAGAAAAGAUAGAGUGUUUUUUUUUUUCUAUUCCUUAACUUCUGACGUGUCUUUUUUUAAACAAUAGUCUUUAGAAGUUGGAAUUUUUUAAUCUGUCAGACCCUUGCUGGUUUAAAUGGUCGUAAUGUAGGCCUGCCCUUUUUUUGUGCUUGAAUUAAAACACUCCAAACUGAAGAUGAAACACUUUUGGAAAGUAAGAGGGGACAUGUACAAAGGGAAAAGGGGGUAUUUAAAAAAUAUUUGUGUUUUCAUUUGCCAUGGCCUAUGUCAGUUCUUAACAUUAGCCACACCGUUUUCAGUCCCGAAUCAUUUUACACAGUUCCAAGUCUGGUUUCCUGGCAUUUUGUUCAAAUGAAGCAGGAUAUUUUCUCAUGGCUGUUUAUGGUAGUGCAUUCUUGUAAGUAAUGUAUCACGGGUUUUGGUGCUGACAUGGCUGUGUAAUUAAGCAGUGAAAUAAACUGUAGCUAGCAUGUAGCUCAAAUUGUACAUCAUUUUUAUACUUGUUUUUUUUAAUUAUUAUUAUUACUUUAACCUUUUACGACGUUUACCAAGAACCGCAACCUAGACUUUGAAAAGAACCCCCUUUUAAGUUUCUUGGAUCACUUGUGGUAGGUUGCAUGGUCAGGACAGCACCAGGUUUUGUAAAUUUGAAACCUUGAAUCUGCAAUAGAAUUUCAAAUGCAUUGCUGUUCCACUUUAAAGUCCUUUGGUCUUUCAUUCCUCCAGGUCAUCCAGAAACAGUAAUAAUGGCCUUGGGUGGGAACUGGGUGACAAUAAAGAACUAUUUAUUCAUGGCGACCAGCUAAAUUAUUUGCAUAAUCUUACUUAUAAAAUACUUUGACUCUAAUUUAGACUUACAAUGACAAACGUUUUUCCUGUGGACACAGUUGUUUGUUCUGAAUUCAUGAGAAUGCACUGAAGAAUAAAUGGUUUGGAGAAGAUGCCAUAUAGUUAACAACCUGCAUGCUGUAAAUGUUUUUGUGUGUUAAAUAAAGAAAAUCUUUGAA